AACAUUCUAGGCCAAAUCCCAUACAAUCGCACGAGCUUGUUAGGUUUCACUUGAAAAUAUAAACUAUAAAUCAGGAUAUUAGAUUCGCCAGUGUAUAGAUUCAUUCAAUUUUCAUGUCUUUGCAGCAUAUUUUGGAGGGGCUGACGCUGAUUUUUAGCCAUGUCUCUGCCAGUCUCUCAUUAUGAAGCCCUGCUAGCUGAAGUACGGGGGCUCAGACGCAAGGCUGAAAGGGUGCAGCAGCUUGCCCAACCGUUAAUAGUGGGGACCCGUUCGCAACGUUUCCAGAAUGACUCGCCUCUAGACUACACCAUGGAGUCUCUUCUUGCUAAAAGGCAGCACAACACUUCCGAUAACUCCCCCAAUUACGAUCAAAGAUCAUCGGGCUCAGAACAGGAUCGUGUAUCCAGCGAAGAUGAGUGUCGCUUGAGAGAUCGGGCUUCUAGAAGCCAAAUGUCCGUUAGCAGCGAACCGGUUACUAAUCAGACCCCUAUUGACUCAAUGUACCAUGGGGCGUGGCCCAACGUUCCUAGAACUCUUUGGAACUCUGAGCCCGCCAGUUUAGGCAAAACCAGCCAGAGCCGCAAGAAUUCAACUGCCUUUGAUGGGGGAUAUCAGAAUGAAGUGGCAUCAGUGAUGUCUUUUGCAUCUAGUUCGGGCGGAGCGCCGAUAGACUCAGCGCUAUGCAAUGCCGGUCAAAAUUGGUCUUCUCAGCAGCUGGAAGCGAAAAUGGACGUGGUUAAUAGCCUACUAUCAAUGCUGGGCAGUCAGGAGCAUGUUGAUAUGGGGGAAACUUUGCUAGCGCUCAGCACUUGCCAGGAGAGUUGCUUAGCGAUGAGGCAAUCAGGUUGUAUUCCAUUAUUGGUUCAGCUGGUUCAAUCGGAUAAGGACAACGACACGCGAAAAAAAGCCGCUCACGCGUUGCAUAAUCUUGUCAAUUCGCAACCGGAUGAGCAAAUUCGGAAGCGGGAAUUGAGAAUUUUGAAGCUUUUGGACGACGUUAGGCAGUACAUUGAGUGCCUGAAGUACAACAUGGAGUUCCAGUCCGCCACUUACGAGCCUGCACCUUUAUCUCCAGACGAUGAUGGAGACAGACAUCCAGUGCAAACGAUCGCGCAUUUAAUGAAGCUUUCCUUCGAUGAGAGCCACCGACAAGCCAUUUGCCUAUUGGGUGGAAUUUAUACAACCGCUACUUUGGUGGAGACAGAGCACACUUUGCACGGCAACGCAAUGCAAAAUGGAAACUGUAUUCUAAUGCGAAGAUACGCUUGCAUGACGCUCACCAAUCUCACUUUUGGCGAUAGCGGCAACAAGACACUACUGUGUUCUUUUAAGGAGUUUAUGCGCAAUUUGGUUCAGCAAUUGCAAAGCCCCAGUGACGAAUUAAGACAAGUAACAGCAAGUGUCCUUAGAAAUCUGUCUUGGAGAGCGGACUCAACCAGCAAGGAAAUCCUUAGGGAAGUGGGCAGCGUUACGGGUCUAAUGAAGGCAGCGAUGAUCCAGAACAAAGAAAACACCCUAAAGUCGAUCUUGUCCGCCCUUUGGAACCUUUCCGCCCAUUGCACAGAGAACAAGUCAGAAAUAUGCGGGGUCGCAGACGGCCUGGGCUUUAUAGUCAACAUGCUAACAUACAAAACGCCUUCGAAGAGCUUGGCCAUCAUAGAAAACGCCGGUGGGAUUUUGCGGAAUAUUUCCAGCCAAAUUGCUGUCAGGGAUGAUUACAGGGAAAUUCUUCGACAACACAAUUGCCUACACAUUUUGCUAGAGCAGCUGAAGUCGCCAAGUCUGACGAUCGUGUCGAAUGCCUGUGGCACCUUGUGGAAUCUAUCAGCCAAAAACGCUGAAGAUCAGGAGGCUCUUUGGCAAAUGGGCGCGCCUGCCAUGCUUCGCAGUCUCAACCAUUCGAAGCACAAGAUGAUCGCCAUGGGAUCCAGUGCGGCUCUGAAGAACCUGAUCAGCUGCAGACCACAGCAGAGUUUGGCUCAAAAAAUGGAUUCCACAGCACUUGCGUUGAAUCUACCGGAACUUCCCACUUUGGGUGCAAGGAAACAGAAAGCUUUAUUGCAGGAUUUGGAUCAAAAUCUCACCGAAACCUAUGAAAACAUUGAUAAAGACUCACCAGUGAAGUCAAACGCCACGACUGGUGCCGCCGGUUUUUUGUCUGGCAAUCGGGCUACUUUAACCAGUCCUGAUCACUUUGUGAACGCUUUUGCCAGUCUAAACUUGAACGAACCGUCCACUAGUUAUGGCGCUGAGUUUAGACACAAGUCGAAAAUUCCUCAGAACUUCGGAGGAUCAAGCUUACCAUACGUGCCACAAUCCAAUAGGCGUUCAAAUCCAGCCUCUUUCUUGCCAGUUCGGACCAAGUUUUCUGGCCGUAGCUACGAAGACGACACGCCUGAACAACCUAUUGAUUACAGCCGGAAAUAUUCAGAGACCACAGUGGGAAAGAAAAUAAAUCCCAGCGGCGCUUCGUCUGAUCUGAGGCAAACCGACAAUAGCCGGAUUUAUGCAAACCAGAAAGAAGUUAAUUUUACCAUAGGAUAUACGGAAACGGAUUUAGAUCAGCCCACAGACUACUCCCUGAGAUAUGCCGACGAUGACUCGUAUUCGGAUAUUUGCGGAAAAAUCACUAAGCAGGAGUUCGUUCAGGACACCGUAAAAACGUACUGCACCGAAGGAACUCCCUAUGAAUCGCCCUUUGUGUUUUCGAAUGCCACUUCAAUGUCCGAUCUGAGAAAUGUUGGAAAUAUGGAUGAUAAACCGGAGAUUGACAACGAUAUUCAGAAAGAGCUGGACAAAAAGGACAAUAAAGAGACAAAGCACGUUGAUGAGAAAGAUCGCUGCUCGACCGAAGACAUCUCAGAAAUGGAAAACACCGUGGGAAAGCCGCAAAAGUCCGAAUUCAGUUCCGGAAUUAUGACGCCGGAAAAACCAGUGAAUUACUGCGAGGAAGGCACGCCGAGUUGUUUCUCAAGAGUUAGCAGUUUUAGCUCUGAUCUGGAUUCGAUUCAGGUGAAACAGGAGGCGAACUUGGACACAUCCGGAUUGGAACAGAAAACGACACCAGGAGGCAGGGAUAAAAUUAGUACAACCCCGAAGACUCCAAACGAGGCCAAAGUUGUGAAGUUCGAACAGGUAGUGAAUUAUGCUGAGCAAACACCGCUGGUGUUUUCACGCUCCAGCUCUUUGGCUUCUCUGGACAGCAUUGAGCAACAUUCGAUUCACGACGAUAGAAGUUCAGUAGUGUCGGACUUUAGGACAAGUUCUGUUCGAUUGACCAGUGGGAUGGUGUCUCCAAGUGAACUACCCGACUCCCCAACCCAAACGGUGCCCUCAAGUCCGCGCUCUUCCAAAGGCAAACUGGGCUUCCCACAUUCUUCCAAACAAUUGCGAGACAAUAAGCAACGGCUUCCGCAAAAAUCCAGCGUUUUCGAGGACAACACCACCAAGUAUAAGGAAGAAAACACUCCGAUGCAUUUUUCCACAGCCACCAGCUUGAGCAGCCUGACGAUUGAUGAUCAUGAAGAUCCCGGGAACGCCAGUUCAAGCAGCAAGACGCCCGAUACUAAAGUGCUUCAGCCGCUAGAAAGGCGGCCUUGUUUGGGAGCGGAAUGUGAAUUGUACGACCAGCAAGGAGAUCAACAGGAGAAAAAGGACAUUGAAAAGGAGAGUCGGUGCGAAGAAGACUCAUGUUCGGAUGAUGAUAAGCUUUUGGCGGCCUAUAUGAACGAUGGAAUCCAGUCCAAUAUAUCGGCCCCAACUGCCAGUACAGCCUCAACAAUGCUUAUUAGUCCCAAUUAUAAAUAUCAGCACAUGAAAAUGCCUGGAGGUACCGGAAUUCCUCUGAUGCGGCGAACUCCGCCAAGGCAUUUGUCGUCCACGUUCCCCAGUGAGGCUCCAACAACUUACUGUACUGAAGAUACUCCAGCUGAAUUAAGCAGAACUGGCUCAUGCUCCAAUUUGAGCACGCUCUCCAUUCCCACCGAGGCAAAAAGCAAAGUUGGGGAUUUCUCAGACGAUUCAAGCAAUUUGGAUGAAGAAAGUGAACAGCUGCUGGCGGAAUGCAUCGAGAUGGGCAUGCAAGACUUUCACUCGAGCUCUCUGGCCGUUCCUCAAAACAACAAAAGCAAGGCUGGUAACUUUUCAGAUGAUUCCAGCAUCUUAUCCGAGGACACUGAGAAGCUUCAACAAGAGUGCAUCGAAUCGGUCAUGCCCAAACCUAAGACUGAAUUUCGCAGUUAUCAUUCGAGUUUGAACAGUGUUCUCACCUGCCAAGACAACAGAACAAAGUCCGGAGAGAUUUCAGAGGAUUCAGGCAGUGAGAAGCUGUUGGAGGAAUGCAUUGAAUCGACCAUGCCCAAGCCAAUACUUAAAGGCUUCCAUUCAAGUUUGAGCAUCGGCGAUAAAAAAAGCAAAUCGGAUAUUUCAUCAGACGAUUCAGAUACUGAAAGGCUUCUGCAGGAAUGCAUCAAAGUAGGGGAGUCGCAAUUUUCUGGAUUUCGCCCCCCUUUGAGUAAUGCGUCGAUUUCCAAAGACCACCGAAACAAACGUGGUGACCUGUCUGACGAUACCGGAAGCAGCUUGAUUACAGAGCAGGAAUUGAUUCUAGAAUCAUGCGUUGAAGGCAGCCUGUCUGCGCCUCCAACUCAGCAAAAACGAGUCAAUGAUGUGCCUUCAGCGACAUGUUUUGCGACUGAAACGUGCCCGAAAAUGAAGCAAGAUAUCGUUUUGCCCCAAAAUCCCGAUGGAAAUCUGCUCAAGCAAAUGCCUCGGCAACCACAAGCGUAUUCGAAAUUAAGUACCCUGCCGAUUCCUGUUGGUAACAAAGCCAAAGCUGCUGGUGAUAUUUCAGACGAUUCUGGUAGCAGUUUGACGACAGAGCUGGAACUACUUUUGGAAGAUUGCAUUGAGAUAGGGGCACGUGAAAGAAUAAUAUAUCCAUUAAAUGAGCAUAAUUUGAACGUGAGAAGUCAACCAAUUUCGAUCGAAUGUAAAAGCAGAGGCGGUUAUUUCCCAGAAGACAUUUCCAGUAGUUUGGCUCUGGAACGGGCACUGGUACCUCAAAGCAAACAGCCACUUAAAGAGCAUAAAGUGAAUGUGCAGAACCAACAGAUUGAUACUGCUCGUAAAAGCAGGGGCCUUUAUUUCUCAGGCGAUUCUGCCAGGAAUUUGACUUUAGAAGAACAGCGGCUUUUACAUGGAACCGUCGAAACCGCGAUGCCUCAAGGGAGGGAACCCUUGAAAGAGCAUAAGCCGGACAUGCAAAGCCAGCCAACUCGCAGUGAUCGUAGAAGCAAAGGCGGUUAUUUCUCAGACGACUCUUGCAGUAGCUCGUCUUUAAACCAAAAAAAAGUUUUAUACGAAUGCAUUCAAGGGAGCACGUCCCGUCCCAAGCCGCAAGUUUCAGGCUCUAAUUCACGCGCAAAAUCCGUCCACCGUUCCAUUCCGCAGAAAAAUAAAUUCGAAUAUCUUUCCAACGAUUCGAUAAGCAGUUUUAAUACAGAAGAUUACCUGUUGGAUGGAUAUAUUGCUACAGGCAUGCCGCAACCAAAAUCACGAAUUCAAGCCCCUUCGGAUCAACUCAGAGUAAAUUCCAGUGGAGUUUUGCCAAGGCGGCCGUCGCAGCCAAUUAAACAGAGCAAUCAAUUAAGGGGCGACCAGAAGUUGGCACGCAAAUCCGGUGAAUCCUUAAAACCGCCCCAAAGUUAUUCCCAUAAUCGGCAAGGUCUGGAACAUCAAAAGAUCGAUAAUAGAGCGAGGCGAUUUGUUGGACGGGAAGCUAAGGUGAUGAGAGAACGCAGGGAAAUGUCGUUGCCCGCGUAUUUCUCCACAAUGAAGGACGAACUCGCUAAGUAUCAAGAGGAGGACAGUCCGGCUCAAUUCUCCUUGCGCUCCAGUUUAAGCGAUUUAACUGUGGAUGGAAGUGUCGCUGGCGUUACACCAGCCGUUAGGCAGCAUAAUGUGGGCAUGAGGAAGGAAUACGAUACCGCAGGCCCGAGCAGGGCACCGUUAGGUUCAGAUAACAGGGCGCCCAUUCGCGACAAACAAAGUAGGCAUUCGUUCUCUUCAGUUAGCUCCACCGAAGAAGAACGCGCAUUAUUACAAGAAUGUAUGAACAUUGGAAUGUACAGUGCAUUGCGGGACGAUCAAGCAUUUAACCGGCCACGGAUACCAAGAGAUGUUUUAGGCAUAGCAGCUAGAUCAGUUUCCAACGUUGAAAGGCGCCAUGAAAGGAGCGAAUUGCCGAGAGGAACGGACCCGAUUAGUAGGUCAAAAAACGCGAAUGCUGCGUCUGUUGCCGAGAGCACAGCGGUAACGCCGCUGCUAGCAAACGAGCAACGUCCCAAAAUGUCAAUCCAGGUAGCAGACGUAGAAAAAAGUUCAUUUUAUGUAGGUGUCGCACAAGAUCGGAGCGCCACAGAGAAAUGCGGCAGCUCCGAUCGCCAAACGACGGAUCAUUCGGUCAAACAGUUAGAGGACGUGAAACCAGAGAUCCAACCAGCAUCAGAUACCUUACCAGCCAGCAUCUCAGCUACAGAAGAGACACCUUCGACCGAUCAAACGAAGAGUGGAUCUAGCAAAUCAGGCAGUCAGUUUUUGGAGGCCAGCUUCGAAAACGACUUUACCUUUUCGAGUUCCGACAAUUGCGCCAAUCUGAACAACGUUUUCAACAGGAGCUGCGAGGAAUCGGGGACGUUGGUUGAUAAUCGUAUGCUGGAUCCUGAUGCGAUGAUCGAGUCCCUUGAUAGUGAUUCUCCUAGGUUUACUGCGAAACUUGUGAGCCAAGCCAGUCAACUGAACAAGGAAAAGGGCAAUGAAGUUGAGCGACAGCAGGAAAAUUCAACAGUGUCCAUCAACGACGACAGCACAUGGAACGAGGACUCUUCGCAAACUGAACUUACCUUUCCCACCAUAUCGGGCAGCGCCCCCAAUGUCAUCACUUUCGAUAGCGAUUCCGGCAAUGUGGAUGUGGUGGAUGGCGCUGACCGAGCCGAUGAAGGAAUCAGCAACGAUUUCUCGUCGGUGAACACCAACACUAUGACUGAGAGCACGCUUAUUGCCAUUGAAGCCAACAAAAUGGUGACGGUGUUCAAAGAGGAGGCAGAAUUGUCGCAAAGCAUUGCCAGCGCUAAAUCCUUGGACUUGGACUUGGACUCGAUAAUGCCACCUUCGCAGCUCAACUCACUAACCGGCAGCGUUACUGGGUUUGAGAAAGGCCAACCAAAGAGUCCGAAGGCGGUGUUUAGGAAGAAAUCGCUCCCCAGCAGUCUGUUGGUCAAACGGGCGUUGAGCAACUCGUUGAAUCAGGGCUCCAGUCUGGAAAGCCUCUACAACAACAGCCUGGGGAAUAUUGAGGGAACGAAUCCGCCCUCCGAGAUGCAAAACCUGGGCGAUAUGGAAAGCAGCAUCAUAAGCGUGGCGAGUUUGCCUUUAGAAGGCGCGGACAUCAACAAUCCAAUGGAAAAAGCCGCCAGCUGCAAUCCACACCCCAUAUUCAACGUCAAGCAGCAGUUCGCCCAAUCAACUGCGGACCUGGAAAUGAUCAAUCCGCCUUCAAUAUUCAACGAUAUCACCGAUAUGUGCAAUUCUCUAGCGGAUGUCGCGACGGAGAUUAUCGGAACGGAAACCAGCACGUUCGAGGACUGUUUAACUCACGUGCCAGACGACAGCACUUUGCCGUUGGACCCGACGGAGUUCAGUGAUGCCAACAGUCUGACUCCCAUUCAUUCAGACUUCAGUAGCGCUGAAACCACCCCGAAAAGGACCAGCAAGUCGUUGAGUAAAAGCAUGAUGACCAAACAAAGACGAAACCUGGCAAGGGAUCGAUACAAAACCUAUGUGGUGGCUGCCGAAAAAGUGAUGCAAGAGUCCAUCGAAAUGGAAACCAAAGAACGAACAGCAGCGGAAGAAAAAAGUUCUGGUGGCGACGAAAAUCUGAUUGACGAUUACCAAACUUCGCACGAUAAGACUGAAGGUUUCGACUCUCUUACCUAUACGGUUAAGUCAGGGAAAAUCACGCCGAAGGAGCGAAGGAAAAUGGAUCGGGCCCGAUUUGAGACUCGCGUUUUGGACGAAUCCAGUGUUCAUGUUGCGAAAGUCGACCAAUCACCUGAUUCUAGGGCGUCCAGUGCCAGUCCCAGUCCAACCAGAAGCAAGCUGAGCAUACGCAAGAAUUUCAUGCAGAAAAGACUGGAAAACAAGGAACGAUUCAGAACACAAACAGUGAGCGAAAGCAGUUUCGGCUCUCCAGAGCUUUCAACCGGUUCGCCGCCAUGCGAAAGCAACGACAUUCACGCUCUGGUUGAGAAAGAGGCCAAUCUGGUGCUGAAAAACAUCCGAGACAGCAAAUGCCUCCAAGACGAAAUGCUGGACUUUGAGACGCUCAGCUUGCUUUCGAACGAUGACGAUUCAGAGCACAAUUCUGGAGUUGCGGUCAACUACAACACAUAUCACAAAAGUUGGACUUCGAAUAAGCCGGAGGUGCCCGUUGUGGCUGCUGAAACCGUCAGGCCAUGCGUUGAAGAAUCGUUACCGACUGCUGUUGACGAACAACCAACAUGCGAAGAGCCUUCACUACCGGAUGAGACUUUGAUCAAUUCGCCGCCGGAAUCUGAAGAAGAGGAAUCGAAACCGGCUAAGUCCAAAAUAGUGAAACCCAUAGCCACAGAAGAGCCAGAGCCUGAGGAGCAGCCCAAAGGAAUCCGCGGGCGAAGGAAGAUGUUGUAUUCGAAGGCGAACGCGGUAAACAAAGUGGGGCCAAAGACCAUCAAGCCGGCUAAAACCAUGGCGGUUUCCAGUUUGGUCAAAAACGUGACCUCCACUAUAAAAUCAGGCAACGCCAUGAAGAACGUGACGACUACGCGCGCUAAAUCCUCGCCCUCAAUCAGGCCCCCAAUGCCCAGCCAGGUGAAGUCCAGCGGUUAUGGAUAUACGAAAAGCAGCCCCAAUCGGAGUGGAGGCAACAGCCCGAAGCACUCUCCUAAAGGAACGCCGCCUUUGGAGCGCCAAGGCACUUUCACCAAAGACGAAUCAUCGCCCAGUAAUUCGCCAAAGGCUUCAUCAAGUAUGCCAACUCCUCCAUCCAAAAUUCCGUCUUUCGGGAGGCAAAUAGCCCGAGCAGUUCCGAGCAAAACCCCCUUAAACAACAACAACAUCCCCAGCGAAAAAUCAAAUAUUCCAGCCAAGUCCCUGAGCGCCGACAGGACGAAUAAAAACACACGGUUAUACAACAGAUCGACCAGUGCGGAUAGUCGAGAACCUGUGAAGAAACUGCAGGCCUCUUCUUCAACUCACAGCUUGAAAAAUGAGCCGAAAGCGGCGAAUGGGGCUCUGGGGAAAAGAUCAGGCAUUCCCAGUCUGGCCCAGAGGUCGCAAAGCAAUGUCAGUGUGGCUUCGAAUGGAUGCGCUAAGAAGCAAGUUACGAGUAAAAUUGCCAGCUUAUGGAAGAGGGUCGAGGAGAGCAAAGCGAGACAGUUUCCAUCGCAAGAUAAACGAGUGUGGAUACACAGCGAAAACGAGUCAACAAAGCCAUCGUUAGUGUUGGAAAGUGACAUCGGUGAAACUAGCCCAAGCUUGGCCUCCCCUCAUCAAGAGUAAGCUUCCAUUAAACAUUUCGCUAUACAAAUAAUAUAACAUUGUUGUCGCCAGUCGAUGAUAAUCUCGCGGACUAUUAAUUCACUGUUUCGUGUUAAUUUUAAAGUUAAAUUUAAGUUUAAUCACUGCAGGUUAGGUAUGUUUAAAAAUUGUUUUAGUUCAUUAAGUAUGUUAGUCGCAAAUUACAGGUGAGUUCGCCACGAACAUGGGUUUACUGGGUGUGCAAACAUACGAUUCUAGUCUUCGUAAAUGUAAAAACAAGACAGCUUUUUAGGGCGCCACUUUACUACCGUCGUCGUUCGAUUGAACUGAAUAGAAAUUCGUUCAAUGGUCCCGCGGGAUGUAUCUGAAAGUGUUCAUGCUUCGCUUGAGAGGACUUUCGUUGAAAGAUAUCACUGAUUUAGGUCGUCCAAACAUUUGGAGAUUGAACAGGCAUAAUUUAGAGCAGCGGCUACGUUAUGAUACGCUGAGGCAAGGAAAGGUCCUGGCAAUUUUCAAUAAUCCAGAAAAACCGUGGGAUUUCCGAGAUGUUGGCGGCUCGACAAUGCGCAAGCCGAUUAGUCAACACUGGCGAUCGAUACUAAAAUUCACCCUAAAAACUACUUCAUAUUUUAUAAAGACUGUAUACCAAUGUAGGCGUAUUUUUUCGUGAUAUUACAAUUACCAAGUAGUUUAUUAUUAUUAUUAUUCUCGUGUACAUAAACUAGCGUAAAGAAUGUCAAAUAUAAAUACAUAGUAAUUUUAUAACGUUUCAACGUACAUGUUUAUAAAAUGUAAAUGAUAUGUAUUUGUUUUUGUUGGAGGUUAUAUGUACUUACUCACUUUUAGUUUCAAUCAAGCAAAAUAAAAUAAGUUUGCUUUCCAA